CCCCAACCCAAGAAUCUACCUACCUAAGGCUAGAGCUGGGCGUCUGUUGAAAUUAGGGUUCUGUCAACUGGCGUCGCCCGGCAUGGCGCUGCAUUCGUCAGGAUGUGUUUGAGCCGUUCCAUUUGCAGACGAGUAGGCCACAGAUGGGACUCUGCAAAAUGAUGCUGAAGUAUGGAGGCCGAUGGCAGCUCAAUGACGGCUCAGUCACAUCCUUAUUGCACUGUCAAAACAGCGGCCUUUGGUGUGCGGAGGGCUAAGAUGGCAGGAGACACAGACUCCGCAUUGCAAAUGACAUCUUCAAAAAGGAAGGGCAAAGAACAGAGCUGAGGCUGCAGCUUGGCUGAACUGGUUCAGUGAGUUCCCCUGAUGGAGGCUCGCAGCAGGCUCACGCUUGUUCAGCGGCGGCGCUACUUUGGCGCCUUCUUGUGGGCCCUGGUCCGACGGCAGGUCCAGCUCAUCUUAUCAGGAGAAGCGGCUAGCGGCAUCCAGGUGCAGUUCUCCUGCCUGGUAGCACUUUCCAGUUUGUGCUAUUUAUGGCCUGCCGUGUACUACUUUCUCUACGUCCAGUGCCACAUGCGCACUCUGCUCUUUGGCGCUGUCACCAUUUGCAGCCUCUUCUCUGACAGCCUCUGCCCAGCAUCCCCAACAUGGCGCUCCUUUGAUCGCCUCUUCGCAACUUUAGCAGCAAUAGUUGGACCUGCCUGGAGUCUAGCAUGGAGAGUAGUGUUUGGUCAAGCGUCCGUCCUCUUUCUUGCCCAAGCGCUUGUGUUGAACGGCGUGGCUUUAUCGAUCCUGUUUUGGAGCCGUAAGUCAAGAUGCCAAGCGCACUAUGUGUUGAGACAUAGCUUGUGGCAUGUUACAAGUGCACUUGCAAUCUGUGGGACCCUGAUACGAGACUGACAGUUGAUUUCGGUCAGGAGGGAAUGGUUCUUUUCUAGACGAUCAUUAGGUGUAACAGUUGCUCCGUGCAGAAUAAUUUAUUGGAAGGAUCAAGGUGACACCACUACAAUCGCAGUCUGUCAAAGGCGUAAGUGGCCCAAGCAUCUAACGUGCUGAGAACUGAAAGAACAGGUUAUGCGCAAGCAGCACAUCAACUUGGCAACCGGUGCAUUCAAAAGAGAAACGAACCUUGGGACUGACCGGCUAUACACUGGCUCGGACGGCUGACGUGUGGAAGGUAUCGCGUACCAAAUGUAAGUUGUGUUGCUUAUCUUGUGAAGAUUCAAGUGACGAGUCGGAUGUUUCACCAUGGAGUUUGUCGGCCAGCAGGAAUUUCAUGCAGUACAAUCUGCUUAGAUGCAGGUGCUGUACCAGGCUUUGAAUUUGAUGAAAGGAGUCAGAGACUCGGUGUAGAACUGAGUCGUGUCGGAUCGACGAAACUACAUUAGUCUUGACUAUCAACAAUUUAGUACCAUG